ACUCGGCACGACCGUCAACGACGAUGGUCAGAAUGAUAGGUAUACAAAAGGGGGUGUCCGGCCUUCGAAGCUUACCUGAGUCAAAACGGCACUUUCUUCGUAACUAUCAAGAUUUGACUAAAUAUAUUGCUCGCCGCGAAAAUGAAGGAAAUAAUUGCACCAGUUGUGGCUGAAGGAGGUUAUAAACCGAAGGUCCUAAUCGUCGGCGCCGGCCUUGGCGGGUUGACUCUUGCCCAAGUCCUCCGAAAGAAUGGCAUUCCAUUCGAAAUCUUCGAGCGGGAUGAACACGAAGUUGCUAGAGCCCAAGGAUGGUCUCUGACUAUGCACAGUGUCGUGGAUGAGUUAUUCAAAGCCUUUCCGGAUGAUAUGCCCAACUUCAGGGAUACCGUUCAUCAUCUCAACCCCCUCAACCUAGAAACCCAAGUCGUUUUUUAUUUCCAUAACGACCGACUAGGCACGGAAUGCUCCCCGUCUACCCCCACACUACGAGCCAACCGUCUAUUGCUUCGAAAGUGGUUGUCCACCAACAUCAAUGUCCAGUAUGGAAGGGUUGCAAGCCAGAUUGGGAGAGUAGGAGACAAGAUGAUCGUUACUUUUAAAAACGGCACCACCGCAACUGGGGACCUCGUCGUGGGCGCUGAUGGCGCAAAUAGUAUCGUGAGAGAGCAUGUAUUGGGGAAACCUAAUAAGGAGGUAUUACGGAAUGUGCCGAUCAGCUCGAUAACCGGAGAGGUCACACUGAGCGGGGAUCUAUUCGCACGUCAACUAGAGAUUGCCCACAGCAUGGCUAUUAUACCAAUCACCACCGGAGAUGCAUGGAACAACUUAUUCAUGGGCCUGACUAAGGUAGCGCCCGACGGUCAAUCGGGAGAUUUCUUCUGGGUUGCCUCAUGGCAUGACCCUCUUGCCCAGCAGACUGGUCGCAUAGCGGUUAACACCCUUCCGAGAAGCGAACGUCUCGAGAUCGCCAAGAGGAUGACUGCGCAUAUGGACCCUAAGUUCCGACGUGUUAUCGAGGAGACUUCCGUAGACGGUAUCCGUGAUAUUGGAUGGGUGCCAACGGACUGCCACCUUGACGAGAUUCCACUAGGAAGGGCAACGCUUCUAGGUGAUGCUGUACAUCUCAUGAUGCCAUACAAAGCUGAAGGGGGUAUACAUGCGAUGCGCGACGCGCUCCACUUAGGCAAACUCAUUACUGAGCUAGAGUCAUCGGAUGAUGCUGCCCUGUACCGCAUGCUUACCACAUUCUACGGAGAUAUGCUACCUCGCGGAGCCCAAGCUGUAGAGCUCUCUAGAUAUUUCCAAGAGAACUUCAGAAAAGAUAAGACAGGCGUUAGGGCAUGGGGCCACCCCGUCAAGAGUUUACCGGAUGAGAGGCUAGAGUUGGGACCGGAAGGAGUGCGCAGCGUGUCGAAAGGAAUUUGCAAGUUGAACUUAGUGCCUAGCAUAUGAUGAGAUAUCCCCAAUCGUGUAAUUAUAUCUUGGGUCUUUUACGGAUACGGCAGAUAGGAUUUGAGAUACCUUCAUAGAGUAGGUGCCUACCUACAUAGGGCGAACUAAAUUGUAUUAAACUUUCUUGAUUGUAUUGAUAUUUCCAGAUUGUCUUGGAUUGCUAGUUGGUAAAAACAUGUGGG